UGCUUUGGCGCCAUGGAUGAUAACGGGAACUCUAGAGGAAUUAAAAAACGCUUUCUUGCAGUCAGUCUUCUACUUAGUAUUCUUCAGAGUGGGCUGACAUUAAAUGUUCCUAGUGGACCCGCGGAAGCUCUUAAAAGUAAAAAUCUGCCAAGAGUGGUUAAACAAGGAGGUUCGGUAGGGACGAAGAAUUACGGUCACUUUGAUGUACCGAAUUACCUUCUGAGACUUCGUGAAAGACACAAUAGUGAAUGGUCAAAUUUUGGUCAGGCGGAACAUGGAAACGCUCCAAACUUGGGAAUAAUUACCUCAAUUAGACACCACGGGAUUGUGGAAGAUAAGAAAAUCCGUCCAAAAUGGCAAGGCCAACAAAGUCUUGAUUUUCGUCUGGCAACAAUCUCGAAGAACGAAAAGUUGGUCGCAGGAAGUCUGCGCCUUCCAAUACGGAGAGUGCAACCCCAAAACUCAACAAUCCCUGUUAAGGUACAGAUAAUAGGUGCCGACAACGUGGUUGGAAGUGAAGUAUUCGUGGAAGGGUCAAAAGAAUCUUGGCUUAACAUACCACUACCUCCAGAAACACUAUAUAGUCUUCUCAAGCGUAGACAGCUUCUUCGACUGAUUGUAUCUCUUGACAGCUCUCGAGUUAUGUUCUCUGAAGCUGAUCCACAUGUACUUACCUUUCACAGAAACACAAAACGGAACGCUAAGUUAAAUCGAAUACGUCGUGAUAUAAAAAUGCCUGAAACGAUGGAAGGAAAUGCAUCGGAAGAUUUAACUAAAAAAAAAGGAAAUAAACGUCGAGGAAAGAAUAGAAAAGUUAAGAGUGAUGCCAGCAAUCGAGAAAAGCGAAGUCCUCAAUACUUAAUGAAUAGGCGGUACAUCGAGUCAACCUGCCAACGUCGUGAUUUAAUGGUCAAUUUCAACUCAAUCGGUUGGUCAAAGUGGGUUAUAGCUCCGAUGGCUUACAAUGCAGGCUACUGCUAUGGCAAUUGCCCAUUUCCUCUCUCUGCUCAUUUCAAUACUACGAAUCAUGCAAUAAUACUCCAUUUAAUGCAUAAUUUAGGAGUAGCGCAUUCACAAAUCAACUCGCCCUGUUGUACACCCUUGACAUUUGGUCCACAAUCCAUACUCUUUUUCGAUGGUGACGAUGUUGUGCUGCAAGUUUAUGAAGAUAUGAUAGUGGAGUCCUGUGGAUGUCGGUGA